AAAUAAAAAACUUUUGGUAAUUCAAAAAAAAAGGUUUACUUAACGGUUUGCAAUUGACUGAAAAAAGUAUAUCAGAAAAAAACGAGAACAAUAUCAACAAAAUGGAGCAAUUAAUGGGAACAAGUAGUCAAAUGACCAGUAAAUCGUUUUUCGAGUCAAAGACAAUCUAUGAAAGAGAUAAUAUGUUGACAUCUGUUUACGACCAGCUCUGUCACGACGAAUGGUUUACCAAAAAGCUAACAGAAGUUCAACGAAUUCAAUAUCUAUUAACCAGUGUUUGGCCGUUGGCUUCGGCUCGUCAUUGGACCUAUCAAUUGGCCACCGAUUAUGAGCACUUUCACUGCAAGUCGACUGAAAGAUCGGCUCAAUUUCGGAUUCAGGCCGACAGCUGUAUAGCGAAUAACGAUUAUCAAUCGGCUCUCAUUUUCGCAUCAAAAUCCAUAAUGAGUGCUCCAUUUCCAUCCGAUAUGAACGGCCAGUCCAACCAAUUAGCCAUUGCUUACGGCUACCGAUCGCUUAUCAAUUAUCUGGUCUACGACUUUGAGAUGGCAUUGUUUGACGCCGACAAAUCCAUCCAGUUUUGGGAGACAUACGAUAUACUUAUCCACAAAGUCCAGUGUCUGCAACAACUGAAACGUUUCGAUGAAGCCAUUGCUGUCAUUGACUACAUUCAGUCAAAUUCAUUUCUGAAUGAAUCCGCAGAGAAGAACACUUAUGAAGAAUUGGCAAAAUUUAGACAUCAGAUACAAGAAGAAUGGAAUUUGUUUAACGGCGGACACAAACUGAUCGCUAAAGAGAUGGGAUCAACUGUCAAAAAGUCUGGCCUAAAGAAUGCAGAAGACUUACAGGACUUAGAAGAAUCCGUACCCUUUUGGUUGCAUCCGAAUUGCCAGUUGAAGAUCAGUGACAAAAAGGGCCGAUAUAUGGUGGCCAGUGAACCGAUACCAAUGGAAAGUAUUAUUUUAGUGGAACGACCGAUAAGUAAAAUACUAUACUAUCAGAGUAUCAAUCACUGUACCAAUUGUUUCAAAUAUAUUGGCAAUCGAUUCAUACCGUGUCGGGGAUGCGAUGAAGUGAUCUUUUGUGACGAACAGUGUUACGCCAAAGCAUACAAAAGCUAUCAUCAGUACGAAUGUGGUAUUACUGGUCUCUUACUUGAGCUCAACAGUGCCUUUCUUCACACAUAUCGUAUGUUCAGUCGAUUUGGUCACAAAACGAGUGUCCAAUCUCUCAAAGAAGGUCAUCAAUUUGAUUAUCACGAGCACAUAGCAAACCAACAGAUGGCAGACAAGACAUCUAACGACUGGUCUUUACCCGAAAAGUUCCCAAAAAAAUCAGAUGAGAAUGAAAAGCAAAUAUACAAGUCUUUUAUGGGCCUCUCAGACAACGGAUCAAAGUUUGAGCCAACUCUUGCACUCUACCAGAGUUUUCGGGCCAUCGAUUGCGCACUAUUGUUGAAUUGGCGGAGACUGUUAGACAAGAAUUUCAACAGUCACAGCAUCAAAGAGUUUGCCAAAUUGGCGCAUCAAUUGGCGACAAUUGUGCGCAAAGUCAAUGUCAAUGUCUUUGGCUGGAAUGGUACGGAUCCGGCGGUUAAAGGCAUGCAUAAAGCCUCUGCCGUUUGUGUAAUGACUUCGCUGAUUAACCACAGCUGCGAACCCAAUGCUUUUUGGCAUAUCUCAGACAACGGUCUCAUGACCUGCAAAGUCAUUCGCAAUAUUGAAGCCAACACAGAGAUCAACGUCACAUACGGACCGUCAGUCUAUACGACAUCGUUCAUCGAUAGACAGAAGCGCUUGAAGUUAGUCUACUUCUUUGACUGUAACUGUUGGUCAUGUCUUCGCCAGUCUGGUGAAGAAUUGAAUAUCCGGUGUCGACAAUGUAGCGGACCGUUGAUCUGUACAUACAUUUAUCAAAAUCAGCCGAUAUGUUGUCUUCGUUGUGGUCAACCCAUGCAUGACUACCUCGAUGUCUACUCUAAAGUCGAAAAAAAUAAGAUUCAAUUCGACAAUUCGAUAACCAAAUUGAAUGCCGAUUGGAGCGACCAGUCGGCUGUUUUCAGCGCUGAACAAGCUCUAAGCAAACUGUUAACCUUAGUAUCAAUGGACAGUUAUCCACUGAUGGCUCGCAUCUGUAGUUUGGUCCAAUAUUUCGCCUCAUGUCAGCAAUAUUUUAAAGUCAUCCAAUACGGCCAGUACUUUGCAUGGCGUUCGGACAUAAUGGUGGACGACCUGUUCCUAUGGGUGCAAUGGUACUACAUUUACAUCAAAAGACAACCGAAAAAGUCGAUCAGUGACCAGCACUGGAAGGAGGCGUUCAGAUUUUACCAAUUGUUGGUCUCAGAGUUGAAACAUCAGCGGACAAAGGCAUUAGAGGCACAAUCGGCAAAACCAGUGGACAAUUGCAUGAGUAGUAGUAGUCAGACGUUGUUGUCAUCAACAAACAGCCGUACUCUCGAUGGUGACGAUGACCACAAUAGAGUUAGCACAUGCUCUUCGGCCGAUCAAACCAUUGCUAUCAUUGAUAGCCAACUGAAUCGGGUCUACAAUGAAUACCAAAUGCUAUACAACAUUGGCUACAAAGCUAUUACUACUACACCAUCAGUAAAGUCUGUUUCUAAAGAGAUUCAGUAAUUAGCGUAAGAAUUGUAGAUCUGUUUGUUACCAAACUUAUGGCGCAAACAAAGUUAUUAUUUUUUUAAAAAAGUAAA